AUGGACUCUCUAAAUGCCAGCGAACAGCGUGAGCUGGCCAAUCGGAUGGAAAGGAAGCAGAUGAAGGAGUUCAUGACGGUAUACUCGAACAUCGUCCAGCGCUGCUUCGAAGACUGCGUCAAUGAUUUCACAACGAAAUCCCUCAUCAGCCGCGAACAAGGCUGCGUCAACCGCUGCUUCGACAAGUUCAUGAAGGGCUCCGAGCGCAUCAACCAGCGCUUCCAGGAGCAGAACGCUCAGAUGAUGCAGUCGGGCCAACUACCUGGGAAAUAA